AUGGAUUUUCUUAUGAUUUUUCUUUUACUUUUUAUUGGAACUUCAGAGACACAGGUUGAUGUUUCUAAUGCUGUUCCUGGUACACGGUAUGAUGUAACCAUCUCUUCCAUUUCUGCUACAACAUACAGCUUACCUGUUAGUAGAACAGUGACAACGAAUGUGACAAAACCAGGGCCUCCAGUCUUCCUAGCAGGGGAAAAAGUCGGAUCUGCUGGUAUUCUUCUGUCUUGGAAUACACCACCUAAUCCGAAUGGAAGGAUUAUAUCUUACAUUGUAAAAUAUAAGGAAGUUUGUCCAUGGAUGCAAGCAGCGUAUACACAAGUUAGAGCAAAGCCAGACAGUCUGGAAGUUCUUCUUACUAAUCUUAAACCUGGAACAACAUAUGAAAUCAAGGUUGCUGCUGAAAACAGUGCUGGCAUUGGAGUGUUUAGUGACCCAUUUCUCUUCCAAACUGCAGAGAGUGCUCCAGGAAAAGUGGUGAAUCUCACAGUCGAAGCCUUUAACUAUUCAGCAGUAAGCCUGAUUUGGUAUUUACCUCGGCAACCAAAUGGCAAAAUUACCAGCUUCAAGAUUAGUGUCAAACAUGCCAGAAGUGGGAUAGUAGUGAAAGAUGUUUCAAUCAGAGUAGAAGACAUUUUGACUGGGAAAUUGCCAGAAUGUAUUGAGAAUAAUGAAUCCUUUUUAUGGAGUACAACCAGCCCUUCUCCAACCCUCGGGAGGGUGACGCCUCCAUCACGUACCACCUACCCAUCGAGCAUGUUGCCUGGGAGGAAGAUGAGCUCUGUGUGGAAAGAGCCUAUCAGUUUUGUAGUGACACAUUUGAGACCUUAUACGACGUAUCUUUUUGAAGUUUCUGCUGUUACAACUGAAGCAGGUUAUAUUGAUAGUACGAUUGUCAGAACACCAGAAUCAGUGCCUGAAGGACCACCACGAAACUGUGUAAUAGGUAACAUUACAGGGAAGUCCUUUUCAGUUUCAUGGAACCCACCAACUACAGUUACAGGAAAAUUUAGUUACAGAAUUGAAUUAUAUGGACCAUCAGGUCAGAUUUUGGAUAAUAGCACAAAAGACCUUAAGUUUGCAUUCACUAAUCUAACACCAUUUACAAAGUAUGACGUGUAUGUUGCGGCUGAAACCAGUGCAGGGAUUGGACCCAGGUCAAAUAUUUCAGUAUUCACUCCUCCAGAAGUUCCAGGUACAGUAUUUGAUUUACAAGUUGCAGAAGUAGAAGCCACAGAAAUAAGCAUUACUUGGAAGAAACCACGACAACCAAAUGGAAUCAUUAACCAAUAUCGAGUGAAAGUAUUAGUUUCUGAGACAGGAGUAAUAUUGGAAAAUACUUUGCUCACAGGAAAAGAUGAGUAUAUAAAAGGCCUCAUGGCUCCAGAAACUGUGAACGUAGUAGAGUCAAUGGCAGAAUUAUUUGAGGGUUCAGCAGAGAUGUCUUCUGACCUGUACUCGAUUGCGUCAGCUAUGUAUAACAGUCAUCCACAUAACUUUCCUGUGAGGAGCAGAGCUGAAGACCAGCCUUCAACAGUUGGAACUUCAAGGAAUCAGUAUAUCGCUGACAUUGCUGCUGAACAGCUGUCUUACGUUAUCAGGAGACUUGUACCUUUCACUGAGCACAUGAUUAGUGUAUCUGCUUUCACCAUCAUGGGAGAAGGACCACCAACGGUUCUCAAUGUUAGGACACGUGAGCAAGUGCCAAGCUCCAUUCAAGUUAUAAACUAUAAAAAUAUUAGUUCUUCAUCUAUUUUGUUAUAUUGGGAUCCUCCAGAAUAUCCUAAUGGAAAAAUAACUCAUUAUACAAUUUAUGCAAUGGAAGUGGAUACAAACAGAGCAUUCCAGAUGACUGCUAUAGAUAACAGCUUUCUCAUAACAGGGUUAAAGAAAUAUACAAAAUAUAAAAUGAGAGUGGCUGCCUCAACCAGUGUUGGAGAAAGUUCUUUGUCCGAAGCAAAUGACAUCUUUGUGAGGACUCCAGAAGAUGAACCAGAAUCAUCACCUCAAGAUGUUGAAGUUAUUGAUGUUACUGCUAGUGAAAUAAGUUUGAAGUGGUCACCACCUGAGAAACCCAGUGGGAUAAUUGUUGCUUAUGAAGUGCUCUAUCAAAAUAUAGAUGCCUUAUUCAUGAAGAACACCUCAACGACAAACAUAAUUUUAAGAGACUUAAAACCUUACACCCUCUAUAACAUUUCUGUAAGGUCAUAUACCAGAUUUGGUCAUGGCAAUCAGUUAUCUUCUUUACUCUCUGUAAGGACUUUGGAGACUGUGCCUGAUAGCGCACCAGAAAAUAUUACUUACAAAAAUAUUUCCUCUGGAGAGAUUGAGCUAUCAUUUCUUCCCCCAAAUAGUCCCAAUGGAAUUAUACAAAAAUAUACAAUUUAUCUCAAGAAAAGUAAUGGAAAUGAGGAAAGAACUAUAAAUACAACCUCUUUGACCCAGAACAUUAAAGGACUGAAGAAGUAUACGCAAUAUAUAAUUGAGGUGUCAGCUAGUACACUCAAAGGUGAAGGAGUUCGGAGUGCACCCAUACGUGUGCUGACUGAAGAAGAUGCUCCUGAUUCUCCCCCACAAGACUUCUCUGUAAAACAGUUGUCUGGUGUCACGGUAAAGUUGUCAUGGCAACCACCCCUGGAGCCAAAUGGAAUUAUCCUCUAUUACACAGUUUAUGUCUGGGACAGAUCAUCAUUAAAGAACAUUAAUGUAACUGAAACAUCAUUAGAGUUUUCAGAUUUGGACUAUCAUGUUGAAUAUAGUGCUUAUGUAACAGCUAGCACCCGAUUUGGUGAUGGGAAAAUGAGAAGCAAUAUCAUUAACUUUCGAACACCCGAAGGAGCACCAAGUGAUCCUCCCAAAGAUGUUCAUUAUGCAAACCUCAGUUCUUCAUCAGUACUUCUUUCUUGGAUGCCUCCUUCAAAACCUAAUGGGAUUAUACAAUAUUAUUCUGUUUAUUACAGAAAUACUUCAGGUACUUUUGUGCAGAAUUUUACACUCCAUGAAGUAACCAAUGACUUUGACAAUAUGACCGUAUCUGCAAUAAUAGAUAAACUGGCAAUAUUCAGCUACUAUACAUUUUGGGUAACAGCAAGUACUUCAGUUGGAAAUGGGAAUAAAAGCAGUGACAUAGUUCAAGUAUACACAGAUCAAGACAUACCUGAAGGAGUUGUUGGAAACCUGACUUACAAGUCCAUUUCGUCAACUGCAAUACAUGUAAGCUGGGGCCCUCCGUCUCAACCAAACGGUCUAGUCUUCUACUAUAUUUCUCUGAGCUCACAGCAAACUCCUCGCCACGUGAGACCACCUCUAGUUACAUAUGAGAGAAGCAUGUAUUUUGAUAAUCUGGAAAAAUAUACUGAUUAUAUAUUAAAAAUCACUCCAUCAACAGAAAAGGGAUUCUCUGAUACCUAUACUGCCCAACUACACAUCAAAACUGAAGAAGAUGUCCCAGAAACUUCACCAAUAAUCAACACUUUUAAAAACCUUUCCUCUACCUCAGUUCUCUUAUCAUGGGAUCCCCCAGUAAAACCAAAUGGUGCAAUAAUAAGUUAUGAUUUAAUUUUACAAGGACCAAGUGAGAAUUAUUCUUUUGUUACUUCUGAUAACUAUGUAAUACUGGACGAGCUUUCACCAUUUACAUUAUAUAGUUUUUUUGCUGCUGCAAGAACUAUAAAAGGACUGGGUCCUUCCAGUGUUCUUUUCUUUUACACAGAUGAGUCAGUGCCUUUAGCACCUCCUCAAAAUUUGACUUUAGUCAACUACACUUCAGACCUUGUAUGGCUGAAAUGGAGCCCGAGUCCUGUUCCAGGCGGUAUUGUUAAAGUAUAUAGUUUAAAAAUUCAUGAACAUGAAACUGAUACUAUAUUUUAUAAGAAUAUUUCAGGUUUUCAAACUGAAGCCAAACUUGUUGGACUGGAACCCAUCAGCACCUAUUCUAUCAGCAUAUCUGCCUUUACUAAAGUUGGAAAUGGCAAUCAAUUUAGUAACGUAGUAAAAUUCACAACCCAAGAAUCAGUUCCAGAUGUUGUACAGAACAUACAGUGUAUGGCAACUAGCUGGCAGUCAGCUUUAGUGAAGUGGGAUCCACCCAAAAAGGCAAACGGAAUAAUUACACAUUAUAUGAUAACAGUUGAAAGGAAUGCUACAAAAAUCUCUCCCCAAGAUCACAUGUAUACUUUCAUGAAACUUGUCGCCAAUACCUCAUAUGUCUUUAAAAUAAGAGCUUCAACCUCAGCUGGUGAAGGUGAUGAAAGUGCAUGCAACAUCAGCACGCUACCGGAAACAGUUCCCAGCACUCCCACAAAUAUUGCUUUUUCUAACGUUCAGUCAACUAGUGCGACAUUGACAUGGAUGAGACCUGACACUAUCUUUGGCUACUUCCAAAAUUAUAAGAUUACCACGCAACUUCGGGCUCAAAAAUGCAAAGAAUGGGAGUCUGAAGAAUGCGUUGAAUAUCAAAAAAUUCAAUACCUCUACGAAGCUGACCUAACUGAAGAGACAGUAUAUGAUUUAAAGAAAUUUAGAUGGUAUAGAUUCCAAGUGGCUGCCAGCACCAAUGCCGGCUAUGGUGAUGCUUCAAACUGGAUAUCUACACAAACCCUGGCUGGUCCUCCAGAUGGUCCUCCUGAAAAUGUGUAUGUAGUAGCAACAUCACCUUUUAGCAUCAACAUCAGCUGGAGUGAACCUGCUGUCAUUACUGGACCAACAUUCUAUUUGAUAGAUGUCAAAUCGGUAGAUAGUGAUGAAUUUAAUAUUUCCUUAAUCAAGUCAAAUGGAGAAAAUAAAACCAUAGAAAUUAAAGAUUUGAAAAUAUUCACAAGGUAUUCCGUGGUGAUCACUGCUUUCACUGGAAAUAUUAGUGCUGCAUAUGUGGAAGGAAAGUCGAGUGCUGAAGUGAUUGUUACUACUUUAGAAUCAGUCCCUAAGGACCCACCGAACAACAUGACAUUUCAGAAGAUACCAGAUGAAGUUACAAAAUUUCAGUUAACAUUUCUUCCCCCUUCUCAACCUAAUGGAAAUAUCCAAGUGUAUCAAGCUUUGGUUUACCAAGAAGAUGACCCUACUGCUGUCCAGAUUCGCAACCUCAGUAUUAUCCAGAAAACAGACACAUCUGUCAUUGCAAUGUUAGAAGGACUAAAAGGCGGACAUACAUACAACAUCAGUGUUUAUGCCAUCAAUAGUGCUGGUGCAGGGCCAAAGGUUCAAAUGAGAAUAACCAUGGAUAUUAAAGCUCCAGCACGACCAAAAACCAAACCAACCCCUAUUUAUGAUGCCACGGGAAAACUUCUUGUGACUUCAACAACAAUUACAAUCAGAAUGCCAAUAUGUUACUAUAAUGAUGACCAUGGACCAAUCAAAAAUGUACAGGUGCUUGUAGCAGAAGCAGGAGCUCAGCAUGAUGGAAAUGUAACAAAGUGGUAUGAUGCAUAUUUUAAUAAACCGAGGCCAUAUUUUACAAAUGAAGGCUUUCCUAAUCCCCCAUGUACAGAGGAAAAGACGAAGUUUAGUGGCAAUGAAGAAAUUUACAUCAUAGGUGCUGAUAAUGCAUGUAUGAUUCCUGGCAAUGAAGACAAAAUCUGCAAUGGACCUCUGAAACCAAAAAAGCAAUACUUAUUUAAAUUUAGAGCCACAAAUGUCAUGGGACAAUUUACUGACUCUGAUUACUCUGAUCCUGUUAAGACUUUAGGUGAAGGGCUUUCAGAAAGAUCUGUAGAGAUUAUACUUUCAGUCACUUUGUGUAUCCUUUCAAUUAUUCUUCUUGGAACAGCUGUUUUUGCAUUUGCAAGAAUUCGACAGAAGCAGAAAGAAGGUGGGACAUAUUCUCCUCGGGAUGCAGAAAUUAUUGACACUAAAUUCAACCUAGAGCAGCUCAUCACAGUGGCAGACCUGGAACUGAAGGACGAGAGAUUAACGCGGUUACUUAGUUAUAGAAAAUCCAUCAAGCCGGUAAGCAAGAAAUCCUUUCUGCAACAUGUUGAAGAGCUUUGCACAAACAACAACCUAAAGUUUCAAGAAGAAUUUUCGGAACUACCAAAAUUUCUUCAGGAUCUUUCUUCCACUGAUGCUGAUCUGCCUUGGAACAGAGCAAAAAACCGCUUUCCAAACAUAAAACCAUAUAAUAAUAACAGAGUGAAACUGAUAGCUGAUGCUAGUAUUCCAGGAUCGGAUUAUAUCAAUGCCAGCUAUGUUUCUGGCUACUUAUGUCCAAAUGAAUUUAUUGCUACUCAAGGUCCAUUACCAGGAACAGUUGGGGAUUUCUGGAGAAUGGUGUGGGAAACCAGAGCAAAAACAUUAGUAAUGCUAACACAGUGUUUUGAAAAAGGGCGGAUCAGAUGCCAUCAGUACUGGCCAGAGGACAACAAACCAGUUACUGUCUUUGGAGAUAUAGUGAUUACAAAGCUAAUGGAGGAUGUUCAAAUAGAUUGGACCAUCAGAGAUCUGAAAAUUGAAAGGCAUGGGGAUUGCAUGACCAUUAGACAGUGUAACUUUACUGCUUGGCCUGAGCAUGGGGUUCCUGAAAACAGUGCCCCUCUAGUUCACUUUGUGAAGUUGGUUCGAGCAAGCAGAGCACAUGACACCACACCUAUGGUUGUUCACUGCAGUGCUGGAGUUGGAAGAACUGGAGUUUUUAUUGCUCUGGACCACUUAACACAACAUAUAAAUGAUCAUGAUUUUGUGGAUAUAUAUGGAUUAGUAGCUGAACUGAGAAGUGAAAGAAUGUGCAUGGUACAAAACCUGGCACAGUAUAUCUUUUUACAUCAGUGCGUUCUGGAUCUCUUAUCAAGUAAAGGAAGUAAUCAGCCCAUCUGUUUUGUUAACUAUUCAGCACUUCAAAAGAUGGACUCUUUGGACACCAUGGAAGGUGAUGUUGAGCUUGAAUGGGAAGAAACCACCAUGUAAAUAUUCAGACCAAAGAUUACAACUGGAAGAUAUUUUCAAAUCCCAGGGGCCAAAAUACCCCCUUACUCUUCUGAAUUGAAAUGGGCAACCUUAAGUAAAUCUCUACGCUUCCCUUACUGUGCCUUAGUAAAUGGAUUGACAUUUUAUGAAUAGUUCU